UAAAAAAAAGAAAAAAAAAAAAAGUUGCGACUCCCCACCCCUCUCGAAGGCGAACGUAGAACUUGUUUCGAAGUCCAACGGAGCAAGGGAACGGAAUACAAAUAACACGCUCUCGAUGGGAUUCACGCCGUUUUUCACACGGGGAAACUCCCUUGGUGAAUUCGAGCAGCUCAGCGGACCGGAGCGGCUCCUCGACACCGCUCAGGAAGGAAGAAGCACCGCGAGGAUGACGAGGAUGAGGGGACAGAGUCGGGUCCAGUCGAAGCAAGCGUCGGCGGUUCCAUGGAGCCGCUGAAGAACAUAUUCAGCCGAGGCCCGCUGUCCAACUGGAAGAACUUGGAGCAAUCGCAAAAAGGCAACUUCACCAACCCCGUGUGGACGGCGUUGUUCGACUAUGAGGCGUCCUGCAAAGACGAGCUCACCCUCCGGAAAGGUGACCUGGUGGAGGUCCUCUCCCUGGACUCUGAGAUAUCCGGCGAUGAAGGUUGGUGGGCGGGGAAGGUCAACAACAAGGUGGGGAUCUUCCCCUCCAACUACGGCUCCUUCAAGCCCAGCGGCUACGGGAAGCUCCCGGGCAGCGGCGUGGUCAACGAGCUGGGCCCCGCCGUGGUGGGCGACUUCGAACCCGCCGUGGUGAAUUUCCGGGAACUCAGCCUCCAGGAGGUGAUCGGGGUCGGCGGCUUCGGGAAGGUGUACCGCGGGACGUGGAGGGGAGCGCUGGUUGCGGUGAAGGCCGCCCGCCAGGACCCGGACGAGGACAUCAGCGUGACGGCGCAGAACGUCCGGCAGGAGGCGCGCCUCUUCGCCAUGCUCACCCACCCCAACAUCAUCGCCCUGAAAGGCGUUUGUCUGCAGGAGCCCAACCUGUGCCUCAUCAUGGAGUACGCCUCGGGCGGGCCGCUGAGCCGGGCGCUGGCGGGCCGCCGCAUCCCGCCGCACGUCCUCGUCAACUGGGCCGUGCAGAUCGCUCGCGGGAUGCUGUACCUUCACAGCGAGGCCAUCGUCCCCGUCAUCCACAGAGACCUCAAGUCCAACAACAUCCUUCUGGCUCAGCCCAUCGAGAACGAAUGCAUGGAGGCUCUGACGCUGAAGAUCACCGACUUCGGCUUGGCCAGGGAGUGGCACAAGACCACCAAGAUGAGCACGGCGGGCACCUACGCCUGGAUGGCCCCCGAGGUGAUCAAGUCCUCGACCUUCUCCAAGGGCAGCGAUGUUUGGAGUUACGGCGUCCUGCUGUGGGAGCUGCUGACGGGAGAGGCGCCCUACAGAGGGAUCGACGGGCUCGCCGUGGCGUACGGCGUCGCCGUCAACAAGCUGACGCUGCCCAUCCCUUCCACGUGUCCCGAACCCUUCGCUCAGCUCAUGUCAGAGUGCUGGGACCAGGACCCGCACCGCAGACCCAACUUUGGCUCCAUCCUGGCCCAGCUGACGGCGCUGGAGCAGCAGGUGAUGGAGGAGAUGCCGCAGGACUCCUUCCACUCUCUGCAAGAAGACUGGAAGCUGGAGAUUCAGGACAUGUUUGACGAGCUGCGAGCUAAGGAAAAGGAGCUGCGUUGUCGUGAGGAGGAGCUGAAGCGGGCGGCGCUGGAGCAGAAGUCCCACGAGGAGUUCCUGCGGCAGCGCGAGCAGCAGCUCGCCCAGUGGGAGCAGGACGUGUUCGAGCGCGAGCUCAGCCUUCUCAUCCUGCACCUGAACCAGAACCAGAACCAGGAGAAGCCCAACGUCAAGAAGCGCAAGGGCACCUUCAAGAAGCACAAGCUCAAGAGCAAGAACGGCGAAAAGAUUAGCAUGCCCCAAGAUUUCAUCCACAAGAUCACGGUGCAGGCAUCACCCGGGCUGGAGAAGAGGCGGAACUCGCCGGAUUUGGGCUCGGGCUCCUCGCCGUCGUUUGGCCCGCGCUUCCGUGCAAUCCAGCUUAGUCCCAGUGACAACAGCAGGUCCUUUGGUCUGAGCGCAGCGUGGCCCCUGGAGGCCCCGUCCCAUAAGCAGGCCAAUGGAGACCUGAAGCUGAGCCCCCACUGGAGGCCCCAGAGCCCCAAAAGUCCCAAGAGUCCAAAAGUCCUGCGCCUCAGUCCUCAGGAGAGCAGUUUGUCAAUGAGAGCCAAGCUGUUGGUGUCACACUGCAACGAGAACGGAGAAUCCUUCGAGGACUUCGAGGAGUACAGACCCUCCACGCCGACCCCCGCUCACAACGGCUCCUCGGUGAAGGAUACCUUACGACUUCCUCUUCAGCUGGGAGAUUCUGGCAGCGAAGAAGGGGGGUCUUCCCCAGCGGGCUCUCCCAGGCCGGACAGGGGUCCCCUGGGUCUGGUGAAGAGCACCCACCGCGCUCUGUUGGGCACCGGCUCCCUCUUGGCCUCCGUAGCCUUGGGCCGAUGCUUGGACGUCUCCCCGAAAGCGCCCCCUCGGACUAAUCCCCCCUCCCUUGAGGAGUGCGCGCCUUUCUUUUUGGAGAGCUUGCCCGCGAACCCCUCGGUUCGGGACCCCCCCGUCGUGGACGACCUCAUCACCUUCUCCGCCUCUGAGCCGCUUCCGGAUUUAGCUUCUCGGUCGCAGGAGCCGAAGCCGCCGCCCCUGACGCCGCCGCCGAGCGCGGUACGCGAGCACGUCAAGCGGCGGGACGCCAGCCCGGGUGAACGCGACCCAACCUUCCUCUCCGCCAACGGCGACGCCGCUUCGGAGAGGUCGGAGCAAGGACACGACAGAAGGAGACGAUCCAGUCUGGGGCUCCGCGGUUCCCAGCUCGUUCUGGACCUGCCCCUGUGCCAAGACACGCAGGACUCUGACGAAAAGCCCCCCACGGCCUACUCGCUCCACCCGAAAGCCGAGCUCUGGAGCCCCAAAACCUGCCGCCUGGAGGUCAACGUCAUCCCCCGCCCCCGUCCCUCGCCCGUGCGGCCCCGAAUCGACGCUUGGAGCUUCAUCUCGGCGGGCGCCAGCCGGAGCCCGAGCCGCUCGGACAGCGCGCCCCUGGGGUACCAGCCCUCACCUACCAACCCCUUCACCAACUGCGACCCGUUCCCUUCGCCCGCGUCCGACCCCUUCGCGCUCAGGGCCGACCCGUCGGGCGCCUGGGACAAAGCGUCGCCCUUCGACCCCUUCUCUCCGCCUUUCCCCACCUCGCGUUCGGCGCCGUGCUCCGCCAACGGCUCGCCCACGCUGCCGUCGUUUCGGAUCGCGCCGCUCAACCCGGCCGACUCGCCGCUCAUCGACCUGGGCUGGGCGGCGUGUGGCAAGCCCUUGGACGGAACCAAAGAGAGAGUCCACCCUCGAAGGACUCUGGGGCUCAAACCCUUCAAGUCCCCGACCCAACUCCGAGACGACCGGUUCUGAUCGCCACAAAGCCCGCUCCGAGGGUGUUCCGUGUGCAGGCUGUCCUUACGUCACGGGACCCCCGGACACGACAUGGGGAAAAUGGUUGAGGCCACAAUUUACAGGGGGUGAAAAUCUGGAACUUAGUUGACUUCAUUUGUAUCAUUUCCUUGAACAACUCUCAUGUCUGGGUAAGUUCGAGUACGUUUUGAAAGAUUUCUUGCAAUUCGGUUGUUUUGCCACCCCAUGUCAUGGCAGGGGGCGCCGUAGCUUUGGAAACCUGGAAGGGAAAAAAAAAAAAAAAAAAAACAACAACAACAACCCACAAAACAAAAAUCUCUCAUUCACAAUUUUUUUAUUUUUUUUUCGGCCACUCGUCUCUGCUCACUUCUGUCAUUGCAGCGGCGGAGCGGCUUCUUCGCCGUUUACCUCUGCAGACUGAAAGCGGAAAGGACGACCGCGGACUUUUUGGGGCUGGUCAAUCUCUCAUCGCGUGGGGGAAUCUGGCCCUCGUUCGAAAGGCAACUUUUUGCACGCUUGGCAGGAAAAGUGUCGUCUUAUGCGUCAAGCUUUAUCUUUAGAGCGCACAAAAAAAUCAAGCGAGCAGACGUGAAAAGCGUGACCCGCGCAUUCCGCUGUGGAAGGAGAUCACAUCCUGCUGAACAUUCCAGCACAAUGGCAGGGCUUGGACAAGCCCCGCCCCCUUUUCCCCCAUGACCCCAACACGCCAAAGAGUGCCACUGUGACAAUAUGACCAUCGGAUCCUACCGUUAUGCGCCACCUGUGCGACUCGGUUCCGUCGAAACGGAUCCCCCCGGCAACCCGUGAGAAGUCUGUCACGAGUCAUCCUAUUGGCCAAACUCCAGAGAAUUUUAUUUUAGCGUUUAAACUCGGAUCCUUUUUUGCUGCCCCAAAGAAAGGGGGGGGGGGGGGGAAGGCAGAGGAUGGUCCUUGUAUUUUUUAACAUUUUUUUUAAACACAUAUCAGUCAAAUUUCAUUUAUUCGAGGGGGGCGGGGGGAUAAAAAGCAGCAUGACUUGGUCAAUGCGGCGCUUUGCGAUUGGAGGACAUUUUGCGUCGGAGAGGAAAGAAAGCGCAUCGCCAAAGGCGACGACUUUGGCUUUGGCGGGUCAUCACUCGCCCCCAAAUCAAGUUCAGCUGUUUGAGAAGGCUUUUCCCGACACGUUUCCACUCGGGAUUUUGUGAGUUGUGAUCGCGGCGGCGUCGAGAACGCGGCCCUUUCCGCCGACUCGGCCAGAAAAGGAACAGCGAACGAGUUUGUGAAGGCGACGGUCCGAGUCGAGGAGGUUCCACACGGGCGCAACAGAUAUUUGAGAGUGGUGUGUGUGUGUGUGUGUGUGUGUGU